UCUUGUUCCGGUUUAGACUCACGAUUGGCGCUUCCGGUUUUAAAAUUAUCUAUGGCAGCUAUGGAAAACAAAACCCGAAAACUUGCCAUCCUUUGUGAAAGAUUAUUCACACCUGAAGAGUUUGCUGCUUUGCCUGAGCAUGUAAAGCACCACCUGAGCAAAAUACCACAAAACUAUGAACUGCUUAAAAGUGUUGGUCUUAUACCAGAGACUUCUGAAUAUAAGCUUUUGGAAGUGGACAGUAAAGUGGAGCUAGACUCAUUGUCAGUUUGUGGUAACUCGGAUUUAGAAUGGACCCCAGCAUUGGAGGCUAUACCACAGGGUGGAGAGAGAAUGAAAACAAUGGUAUCAAGUGUUCUGUGUCAGCCUGACAAAAAUAAAGAGAAAUUUACUCUUAAGGAAGUUGACAUACAAGAUAGAACAAGCCUGCCUUGUUUUCAACCAAAUUAUGCCUUGGAGGAGGAUCACAGUGACAGUGAUGAAAGUCUCUUUAGUCAAGAGAGCAACAUUAAACAAAUCAAAGAGUGUAUAGAACCUGGUUCUCUAAAUGUGUCAGAUUCACAGGUUCCACCAGACUGCAUCAGGGGCAAGGACAAAGAUUACUGUAGGAAAACUCUUCCCCCUGGGUUGGUCAUUAAAACAUCUGAUAUACCUGAUGCUUGGCUUGGGAUUUUUGCCAAAAGAUUUUUUCCUGCUCAGACUAUUUUUGGGCCUUAUGUUGGAAAGAAUAAGAGCAUUGAACAGAUGGCACAUGACUCUAAGUAUUGUUGGCAGAUCUUCAAGGAUGGAAGUCCAUCCCAUUAUAUUGAUGGUAGUGAUAGCUCUGAUUCCAACUGGAUGAGGUUUAUAAACUUUGCACGAUGUGAAGAUGAGCAGUAUGUCACAGCAUACCAACAUCAGGGUGAAAUCUUCUACAGGGCUCACAGGGACAUCCCAGCUGGCACAGAAAUACUGGUGAACUAUGAUGACAGUUAUGCCAGAGACCUGGGCAUUCAGGUAGAGAGGGCUAAUGCAGCUAGCGUGAACAGUUUGCCAAAUAUUGGGAACAAUAAUAAUGGUCUUGUAGAAGAGAAUUCUGAAUUAAAGCUUGAAGAAAACAGCAGGAAAGUGGUGCUAGAUACAUUCAUAGAAUCUAAUGACAGAGAUUUAGAAUCUAUCCCAGAAUUAAAUGCUCUACCAUUGGGUGGAGCGGAAAAGAGAACAAAGACAUCAAGUGAUCUGUGUCAGCCAGAUAAAAGUGAAGAGAAACCUAAACUAAAGGAAGUACAAGAUAAAGAAAAUCUGCCCAUCUUUCCAGUAAAAAUUGCUUUGGAGGAAAAAGUAAUAGUUAUUGAAGAUGAUGAUGAAGAUGAUGUUUGUAAUCAUGGAAAUAAUGAACACAUAGAAGAUUGCACUGAACAAGAACAUAUAAGUAAAUCAGAUUCACAGGUGUACAGUGGUGACACCUAUACCAGGGACCUGGGUCUUGAGGUAGAGAAUGAUAAAGCUGCUAGCAAGAGCAGUUUGUCAGACAUUGUCAGCAACAACAUUGAUUAUUUUUCCUGCCAAUAUUGUACUGUGGCUUUUACCCAACUUUCCUAUUUGGAGAGUCAUGUCAAGUACAAACAUCGAGGCAAAUUCCUUGCUGAAAGACAUCAAGAUUUUUUCCAUACCCCUAGUGACCAUUCUUCCCAGCCAUCCAACCAGAAUCAACCAAAGUUAAUCCAGAUGAAAACAAGGCCCCACCAAUGUAAAAUGUGUAAAAAAUAUUUCACACAGCAUCGCCAUCUAAAGGAUCAUCUAAGGAUUCACAAAGGAGAAAAGCCCCAUAAAAGUGACAAAUGUAAUAAGUCUUUUAGAUAUCGCCAAAGUUUAAAUUUCCACCACUCAUUUCACAAUCAAGAAAAACUUCACAAGUGUGACAAAUGUUGUAAAAGUUUUAUGCAAGUCUACAAUUUGAAGAAACACCAAAGAAAUCACACAGGAGAAAAGCCUUACAAAUGUGACAGAUGUGGUAAAUCUUUUGCACAGUAUAAUGUUAUGAAAAGUCACACAAGAAUUCAUACUAGAGAAAAACCUUACGAAUGUUAUAUUUGUAGUAAGCGUUUUAAACAUCUAGAAAGUUGUAAGUCACAUCAACUUAUUCAUAUUAGAAAAAAGCCUUAUCAGUGUGACAAAUGUAAUAAAGUUUUUACACUAAAGCAAGUUUUUAAGAGACACCAGAACAUCCAUACGGAAAAAACUUAUCAAUGUGACAAAUGUAAGAAUCACCAGCAUAAAAUUCAUAGCGGAGAAAAGCCUUUCAAGUGUGACCAGUGUGAUAGUUUUUUUGCAGAGAAAACAGACAUGACAAAACUCCACCAGAGAGUACCUGUUGUAGAAAAGUGUAACAAAACAGGUCUUAUAGCAGAGAGCUCUGAACUUGAUCUUCAUGAAAAGAAAAGUAAAGAAGUGCUGGACAUAUUGUCAGUUUCUGAUGUUUCUGGUCCAGAAUGGAACUCGGCAUUGGUAGCUGUACCAGAAGUUUGUGAAGAGAGCAACAUGGAAUACAUAGGACGUUUUACUGGACUUGGUCCUCUAAAUAUUGUAAUAGAUUCACAGGUUCCACCAGACUGCAUCAGAGGCAAGGAUGCAGAUUACUGUAGGAAAACUCUUCCCCCUGGGCUGGUUAUUAAAACAUCUGAUAUACCUGAUGCUGGACUUGGUGUUUUUGCUACAACAUUUUUUCCUGCUCGGACAAGAUUUGGACCUUAUGUUGGGAAGAAUAAGAGCAUUGAACAGUUGGCACAUGAUUCUAAGUAUUGUUGGCAGAUCAUGAAGAAUGGGAAGCCGUCCCAUUGUGUAGAUGGUGGUGAUAGUUCUGAUUCCAAUUGGAUGAGAUUUAUAAAUUGUGCACGUUUUGAGGAUGAGCAAUGUGUCACAGCAUACCAACAUCAGGGUGAAAUCUUCUACAGGGCUCACAGGGACAUCCCAGCUGGCACAGAAAUACUGGUAUAUUAUGGUGACAGAUAUGCCAGUAAGCUGGAAAUUCUUGCAGAUAGGGCUUUCAGAAAGAACAGUUUGCCAAACCUUGUGAAAAAUUCAAAUGGUUUGAGGUUAUGGCUAGACAUCACAAUUGUGUAUGAAUAA